AUGUCCGGACGGGACCGCGAUCCGCGCAACCGCGAGCCAAGGGUCAAGAACCGCGCGCCCGCCACGGUCCAAAUCACGGCGGAGCAGAUUCUGCGCGAGGCUCAUGACCGCCAGGAAUUGCCUGUCCAGGCGCCCAAGCAGCGCAUCCAAGACCUUGAGGAACUGCACGAGUUCCAGGGCCGCAAGCGUAACGAGUUUGAAGGACGUAUUCGAUACUCGCCAGACGCUAUUCGUGCGUGGAUCAAGUACGCGACAUGGGAGGCUAGCCAGAACGAGUUUGAGCGGUCGCGCUCUGUGUUUGAGCGUGCGCUCGACGUCGAUCCACGCCAUACCGAGCUGUGGAUCAAGUACUGCGACAUGGAGCUGCGGGCGCGUAAUAUCAAUCACGCACGCAAUUUGUUCGACCGUGCCGUUACGCUACUCCCCCGCGUCGAUUCGAUCUGGUACAAGUACGUGUACCUCGAGGAACUGCUCCUCAACAUUGCGGGAGCGCGGCAGAUCUUUGAGCGCUGGCUCCAAUGGGAACCACAGGACAAGGCAUGGCAGAGCUACAUCAAACUCGAGGAGCGGUAUAAUGAGCUCGACCGAGCCAGCGACAUCUACGAGCGCUGGAUUGGCACACGGCCGACUCCCAAGAACUGGUGCCUGUGGGCCAAGUUUGAGGAGGAGCGCGGCGCGUCGGACAAGGCGCGCAAGGUGUUCCAAACGGCACUCGAGUUCUUUGGCGACGAGGAGGAGCAGAUCGAGAAGGCGCAACAAGUGUUUGCCGCGUUCGCACGCAUGGAGACGCGGUUGAAGGAGUAUGAGCGCGCGCGAGUGAUCUACAAGUUUGCGCUAGCGCGGCUGCCUAGGUCGAAGAGUGCCAACUUGUACUCGAGCUACACCAAGUUCGAGAAGCAGCACGGCGACCGGUCUGGCGUUGAGCUCACAGUCCUCGGUAAACGACGAAUCCAGUACGAGGAGGAGCUCGCGUACGACUCGACCAACUACGACGCAUGGUUCUCGCUCGCAAGACUCGAGGAGGACGCGUACCGCGCCGAGAAGGAGGACGGGGAAGACGCUGACCCAGGGCGAGUGCGUGAGGUGUACGAGCGCGCAGUCGCCAACGUCCCACCAGCGAGCGAGAAGCGAUACUGGCGGCGAUACAUCUACUUGUGGCUGCAGUACGCGGCGUUUGAAGAGAUCGACACGCAGGAUUAUGACCGCGCGCGCGAUGUCUACAAGGCGGCGAUCCGGUUGGUCCCACACAAGGUGUUCACGUUCGCCAAGUUGUGGCUCGCAUACGCGUACUUUGAGAUCCGGCGAGUCGACGUCAACGCGGCGCGCAAAGUACUCGGCGCGUCGAUUGGUAUGUGCCCCAAGCCCAAGCUCUUUGCGGGAUACAUCGAGCUUGAGAUGCGGUUGCGCGAGUUCGACCGCGUGCGCAAGCUGUACGAAAAAUUCUUGGCGUACGACGCGUCGUUAUCGUCGGCCUGGAUCCAGUGGACACAGAUGGAGGCGCUGCUUGAGGACCUGGAGCGUGUGCGCGCCAUUUACGAGCUGGCGGUCCAGCAGGACCUCGACAUGCCCGAGCUCGUGUGGAAGGCGUACAUCGACUUCGAGAUUGAGGAGGGUGAGCGCGAACGCGCGCGCCACCUCUACGAGCGCCUGCUCGAGCGCACGGGACACUACAAGGUGUUCAUCUCGUACGCGCUCUUGGAGGCGAGUGCGUUGGGCGGCGGCGAGGACGAGGACGGCAACGAGCUCGAUGCGGUACCUGGCGACGAUGGGCGUGCGAGGGCCAUCUUCGAGCGCGGGUACAAGGACCUGCGUGCGCGUGGGGUGAAGGAGGACCGCGCGCUCCUCCUCGAAGCAUGGGAGAGCUUUGAGGAGGAGAAUGGGAGUGAUGACGACCGCGCCGAGGUCGCAAAACUCAAGCCGCAGACGCGUCGGCGGUGGCGGCCACGCGGGGACGGCAGCGGCGAAUACGACGAGUAUUGGGACAUCGUGUUUCCCGACGACGAGAAGGAGGAGAAUCCCGCCGCGUUUGCCAUCUUCCAAGCUGCCAAGGAAUGGGCCGCGAACAAGGAGGGCGGCGCGGGUGGUCUCAACUACGAGAUGGACUCGGACUCGGACUCGGACUCGGACAGCGACGGAGAAGAAGGGGAGGGUGGGUCAGGGGAGGGGCAGGCCGAGGAGAUGGACGAGGACUAG